GCGAGGGCGUGGCGGGGAUGAUGGCGACGUCGGUGCCGUCGGCGGUGGUGUUGGGGUUGAGCCGGUCACAGCCAGCCAUCAAGACGCAGCGAAUGGCCAUCUACGGCAACAUAGUAUUAAAGUACGGACCAUCUUAUCCUGUCUACCAAAGACCAGAGCAGAUUAGUGCGGCCAGCCUGGGGAGCAUACAGCAAUCAUCUACGAGACGCGUGCGCACGAUCUACAUGUGCGACGCGGAGAACGAGUCGGAGCUGUCGUUCGAACCGAACCAGAUCAUAACGAACGUGCGGGCGUCGCGUGAGCCCGGCUGGCUCGAGGGAACACUCAACGGCAAGACGGGACUCGUACCGGAGAACUACGUCGAGUAUCUGCAGUGAGGGGGCGCCGGCGGAGCGCGCGGGGGCGCCACGUGUCGCUCGCCGACACCUGCGGCCGGCGGGCCGGGAGCGGACUAGUGUCUAGAGGUCAGAAGUUGCGGAGUCGUGGCAAGACCUCAUGAACGCGCAGCUAGAGGUCACGACCUGCAGCUAGAGGUCACGACCUGCAGCUAGAGGUCACGACCUGCAGCUAGAGGUCACGACCCCGCAACUAGAGGUCACGACCCGCACCUAUCUCUGCGUGGCUGGACGCGCGACUCCGCUCCUUCUACAUGCAGCUGGUCUGGAGACGGAUGCGGAGAGAGAGAGGGCCAACGCCGUCGCCGUGGCAACGCGAAGCCACCGCCCCCAGCGUCUCGUCUCUCCUCUCCUUGGUCGGCACCCGCCGCCCGAGACGCGCGACUCGCGAGUGAGACGCGUGAGACAUGACGGGGAAGACGCGAGACGAGGCAUCCGCGUUCCCCCGCGAUUAUUCUGAAGCCAGUAGAGCGCGCCGCGGCAGCCGGAGAGAAACCGGCGACGCGAGACAGUAACCUCGCGUCUCCGCCACCGCCACCGCACGACUCGAGACUCGCGAGUGAGGCACACGAGACGCGACGCGGGAAGAUGCGAGACGCAGGAGACGAGGCGUCCGCGUCCCCCCGCGAUUAUUCUGAAGCCAGUAGAGCGCGCCGCGGCAGCCGGAGAGAAACCGAUGACGCGACAUCGUAGCCGCCGCUCGCUCGCACGCUAGUUAGUUCUCCUAUUGCUUCCCCCGAAUCGAGGAAGUCACCCUCUCUCUCUCUACAUACGGAUCUCAAUAUCCGCGUAUUUCUUCGUGCGAAAGGAGAGGAACAUGAGGAAGCCACAGCACGCGCGUUUGCUAUCGGAGGGAGGGGGGGGGAAGGUCGUAGACGGUUCGCGUGUACAGACGACGUUAAGCCAGUAAAAGUCGACGCCUGCUGCCCCGCGUUUGAUCUAGAGGUACUGGUGCUGGCCUCUAUCCUCAAUCUUGAAAUAAUGAAUUCUCGUUCGCGCGCAGUCGCGAACGGGAGAUCGCCGCGAAACAAGCGAACGGCAGGACGAGCGGCUAAUGACCGAUUUAACUAGCCGCCAGUAACGUCGCGCGGUCGCGACCACCAGGGGGCGGCGCUCGUCUCCUCCCGCCC